CACACAUUGUGUCUUAUAUUAUAAACAAACUUUUGGAAAAGAAUACACUUUUGGAAAAGAAUACAAUUUUUGUAAAAGUUUAAAGAUUUAGCGGUAGGGCGCUAAGUCAUAUUUGGUGGCUUUAUACUUUUUAUCUUCAAAAGCAAAAGAAAAGGAGAAACUUUUUUAUUGUUGAAGCAUGAGCCAGUUUUGAAAAUGAAUCAAGAUGGGGCGCGCGCCUUUGAAGUUGCUACACUAUUUAGAGACAAAGCCUUUUCUUUUCUUUCUCCCACGAACAUUAACUCGGCUCGAGCUGUAGUGUGCUUAUUUCUUUACGGAAAUCGGAAGAUGUUGUUUUCCUUAAAAGCUCUGGAAGAUUUUCAGCUGCGCGCCUUGCUCAAGGCGAAAGAUCUUCAGGAUUCCGUGGUAUUGCUUGAAUUUGAAGCUCGGAACCAAAGCGAUUAUAAACCUCAGGAGCCCUGUGCAGUUUCUUUAAAAGUGUUAGUAUUCUUAUUAAGAAGAGGAAUCAACAUAAUUAGGGAGACAGCGGGAACCACUGAAAAGCAGCUACAUAAAUUAAGACAGGCAAUAAUGACUUAUACAUCUUACAGUUCUCGUUUGAUAAGAGUGCUUAGUAACCUUCACUUUUCUCUCUACUUUUUGGGCUUUCUUAGUUUCAUCUUGGUGGUAUUCUCUGUUCUUCUCAUAAGUUACUCGCUCUCUAUUUUAUUGACUUGGAGGAAUUGCCUUCGUCGUUUUUCUAUUCCUUUUCUUUUAUUUUUUAUGUUCCUUUAUUUUGUGUUUUUUUUUAUAUUCUUUUCUGAAUCUUUAAUAUUGUCGGAUAUAUGCAUGGAUCCUGCCGCGGUAAUAAUUGAAUUAAUAAAGGCUAAGACUGGUGAAAGUUCUUAUAACAUCAAAAAAGCUUUAUUUUGUUUUGAAGACGUACAGUACGGGUUUGCUGGUUUUGAAAAUCUUGCUAUGAAAACCUUGGGGGCUGUUAGCUACCUCGUUAGCAUCAUUUGUCCUGGUGAAGGACAGCGUUUUAAGAGCUGUUAUGGGUCAUUUUUUCAAAAACUAUUUGAGGUGGGGAGCAUUUUACUCAUUAAUGGAUCCUGCGCUAACUUAAGAGAUAUUUAUAUAGAACUGGUUUCCCUAGUUUGCAAUGAAAGUAUGAACUCUUUAAUGCACUUACUGGGGGGGUUAAGUAUGUCGUUGCUCGUCCUUUUUUUUUGGAUUUGUAUUAUUUUGAUUUUAAAUGGUAAAAGUACUACAAGCAAAGCCUGAAAUAUUGAAAAUUCUACUUUAUUAUAAUCAGUGAUUCAAAACUUUAUACGCCCAACACGUCGUCACUGCGCGUACAAU